CGGGCCUGGCUGGAGAAUGGGGCCUCGGAGCCGCCGCCAGCCCCGCGGCCGGGCCCGGCUCCUCCUGCUCCGCGCGGGGCCGGGCCCAGCCGCUUCGUGCGGUGCCUCUACCUGGUGGGCUUCCUGGACUUCUUUGGUGUAAGUAUGGUUGUGCCUCUGUUAAGCCUUCAUAUCAAGUCUCUAGGAGCAAGUCCAACUGUUGCAGGAGUAGUAGGAUCUUCUUAUGGUUUACUGCAGCUCUUUUCCAGCACAUUUGUGGGCUGCUGGAGUGAUGUAAUAGGAAGACAAUAUUCCCUGCUUGCCUGUAUCCUGUUCAGUGCACUGGGUUAUUUGCUGCUUGGCAUGUCCACCAGUGUGUGUUUAUUUGCCAUUGCAAGGAUACCUGUAGGUAUUUUCAAACACACACUCUCCAUUUCAAAAGCUCUUCUUUCUGACUUGGUUUCUGAGAAAGAGCGCCCUCUUGUAAUAGGACAUUUCAAUGCAGCCUCCAGUGUCGGUUUCAUCCUGGGUCCUGUGGUAGGUGGCUACUUUACAGAGCUAGAGAGUGGCUUUUACUUGACAUCUUUCAUCUGUUCUUUUAUCUUCAUUCUGAAUGCUGGCCUGGUCUGGAUGUUACCAUGGAGUGAGGAACACACAGAUAGUAAUGAAAACGAACAGACCACCAGUAACAGCAAAGUGACAGCAAAAGCAAACUAUGACCUGCAGGUUCAAUCACUAUCUAAUGGAGCAAUGAAAUAUGAUACUCCCCUCCAGUCCCUAUGGAUUCCAGUUGUGUCAGUGCUGAAGAGGAUUAAAAGCAUUGCAUGCUCUGAUCUGUGGGAUAUAUUUUUAGUACGGUUACUAAUGUCUGUAGCUGUAAUGCUGUAUUAUAGCAAUUUUGUUCUGGCAAUUGAAGAGAGAUUUGGGGUGAAACCUAAGCUCACAGGAUAUCUCAUAAGCUAUAGUAGCACCCUUGGAGCACUUGCUGGUUUUUUACUUGGACCAAUAACAAGACUCUAUCAACAUAACAGUUAUGCACUUUUAUUACAUUCCACUGUUCUCACCUGUGUAUUGAUAAUGCUAUAUUCCACAGCAUUCAGCAUAUGGACGGUCAUUUUAUCGUCAACAUUUUUAGCGUUUUCAACCACUGUAGGACGCACUUGCAUCACUGACCUUGAGUUGACCCUGGGUGGGAAUCAGGCUAGUGGCACGCUCAUAGGAGUUGGCCAGUCUGUGACAUCUGUGGGACGCAUAAUUGCCCCUCUUCUCUCAGGAAUUGCACAGGAGUUCAGUCCCUGUGGCCCUCCAAGUCUUGGUGUGGGGCUGGCACUGGUGGCUAUUCUGAUAAUGCUCAUGAACACACCACGAUAUUGCAGUGGUAGAAAUGCUAAAUUAAAAAGUGAAUAGCAGCUUAUUUGGGACAGGCUGGUGCAUCGUCAAUAAAAUGCAAAGUAAUUCAAAUAACUGGGGAUACGUUAUACUAAAGAAUGGUGAGCACUAAAGAAACCUGUAUUGCAGCAGCAGGCUGUUUUCUAAAAAAAAAAAAAAAAAAAA